CUCCGAAGAAUAAUUGUAAAUGAAGUCGAUAGCGAUUUGGAGAGGGAUUGUCAUGUGGUUUCGGAUCUCGCGAAACUUGGGUUUACCUUCGUCCAUGCAGCUACGCAUGAGCUCACGAUGACUCUCUGGUUAGGGGAGGAACCGUCGCGCCUACCAUCCUACUUUUCGGUAUCUGGGAUGGUCAUCGAUGCGGAAGGUCGCGUUCUCAUGGUUCGUGAGAAUCGCCGUAGGCAUCUUUGGAAAUUUCCCGGUGGCAUGGCUGAACCAAAUGAGCAUUUGCUUGAAACGGCUGAGAGAAAGGUUCUCGAAGAAACCGGAAUUAUUGCUAGAGCUGAAUCCGUCAUUUCUCUCAGACAAAGACGUCGUACCGAGUAUCAGGGUGCCUGCGGCUUCUUUUUUGUGUGCUUGAUGAAGUACAUCGAGGAUGCAUCUGUCAGCCUCGCUGAAACCCUUGCCGAUGACAUUAUUGCUAUGAAAUGGUUCACGAGAGACGAUAUAAAAUCGCUGCCGAAACCAGAGUUCUUCGAUCAUCACCGCACAAUUUGGAAUGCAUACGAGAAGUCGCUGGAGAACUCCAAUCCAGAGGAUUUGAUGACCGAAGCUGGUGAUAGAAAUGUCACCUCAAAGCUUUUUAACUUCAGCUACUUCUAA